AUGGCUGCUCCGACGCAAUUUGCCUACCGAUCGGUGAAGGAUAUUGGUGUUGUGGACGCUGCUCCGGUUUACGAAAGCUUGCCCGGAUUUCAGAAUCCGGAAGGGCAUCUCCGCUGCUGCGCCUACUCGCCCUGCGGCCGCUAUUUUGCGUGGGCGUCGCCUGAGCAGGUCUCCGUCAUUGAUGCUUCUGUCGGCCACAUCAUCACCACCCUCCCGGCAGACAAUGUCUUUGAACUGGGAUUUUCUCCUCUCGGCACCUACAUUAUCACCUGGCAGCGGCCAUCCAAGGACGAGCAGGGUGAUGCUGUGAAGAACCUCAAGGUCUGGAAGGUCAUUGACGAAGUCGACAAUGGCGAGCGUAGCGUUGUCGGCCGUUUCGUGCAAAAGUCGCAGACUGGAUGGAACUUGCAGUACACAAGUGACGAGCAAUUCUGCGCUCGUGUGGUCACCAACGAGGUGCAGUUCUACAAGAGCGGUGAUCUCGGCACCGUCUGGAACAAGCUCCGCGUCGAGGGUGUGGCCGAUUUUGCUCUUUCUCCGGGCAAGAACCUCUCCAUUGCCGUUUUCAUUCCAGAGCGCAAGGGUCAAGCUGCCUCUGUCCGAGUCUACAAUAUCCCUCAAUUUGGCGCGCCCGUCUCUCAGAAGAACUUUUUCAAGGGCGACAAGGUUCAACUCAAGUGGAACGACCUUGGUACCAGCUUGAUUGUGCUCGCGCAGACCGAAGUCGACAAGACCGGAAAGAGCUACUACGGAGAGACCACUCUUUACCUCAUGAGCGCCAAUGGUGGCUUUGAUGCUAGAAUUACGCUCGACAAGGAGGGUCCCAUUCAUGAUGUCUCGUGGAACACCAAUUCGAAAGAGUUUGGUGUCGUCUACGGUUACAUGCCUGCCAAGACGACUAUUUUCAAUACCCGCGCUGCUCCGGUCCACAGCUUUGCUCUGGCUCCUCGUAACACAAUCCUCUUCUCUCCUCACGGCCGCUUCGUCUUGGUUGCUGGUUUUGGCAACCUUGCUGGCCAGAUGGACAUUUAUGACUUGGAGAAGAACUACAACAAAGUUACCACCAUCGAGGCCAGCAACGCCAGCGUGUGCGAAUGGAGUCCUGAUGGCAAGCACAUCUUGACUGCCACUACAAGCCCGAGAUUGCGUGUCGACAAUGGUGUUCGCAUCUGGCACGUGCUUGGCGGUAUCAUGUAUAAUCUGGAUAUCAAUGAAUUGUACCACGUCUGCUGGCGCCCUCAAUCCAUCACCCAGCACCCUAUGGAGAACCCUCUCCACCCGGCUCCGAAUCCGCAUGCCUCGGCCCUGACGUUCUUGCAAAAUGUCAAGAAGCCUACCAAGCCAGCGGGUGCUUACCGUCCUCCAGGCGCCCGUGGAUCGCUCACUCCUUUGCACUUUAAGCGUGAGGACGAGGGCGGAGCUGCGUACAUUAGCAAUGGCAUCUCCUCUACCAAUGCUGGCUUCGCUGGUUUCGGCAAGCCCAGAAGACGAGAGGUUCCCGGUGCCGAAGCGACGGGCGAGAACCUGCCCCCAGGUGCUGCUCCCGGUGGUGGUGUCAGCCUGGCCGCUGGAGAUGAGAACCUCUCCAAGGCGGCUCUCAAGAACAAGAAGAAGCGAGAGGCUAAGAAGGCCAAGGAGAUUGCUGACAAGGCUGGUGGUUUGAGCACCCCCGGCGCCGUCAGCGACAGCGGAAAUGCUAGCGAAGGCCGUAGCGGCGAGCGCAAGGACCGAAGAGGCCACGAGCGUAGGCCGUCCAAGCCACACAACCAAGACCGCCGAAGCACUUCCCGCCGCCGGGAUGGCGCCGGCAAAGGCCCAUCUGGCAACGUGAAUGGUGGAGGUGCGCCUCAGCAGCAACAGCCCCAGCACCUCGCUUUGCGUACCAAUGGUGCUCCUGCGCAGCAACCCGCUGGCGCCAAUGGCACCACUCCUGAGGUUACUGUCAGUUCGCCUGCCGGUCAAAGCCCGCACGACAAGAAGGUUCGUGGCUUGCUCAAGAAGAUGCGCGCCAUUGACGAUCUCAAGAUGAGACUUGCUGGUGGCGAGAAGCUGGAGGAGACUCAGCUCAGCAAGAUCCACAAGGAAGACGAAGUGCGCAAGGAGCUUGAUGCUCUUGGAUAUCGCGGUUAA